CUGAGAGUGCGAGGGGCGGGGAGAGCGGAGGGAGCAGGUAGUGGCGCGUUGGAUUGUGGGACUCGGGGCAGAGCAACAGUGUGACAUUGGGCUGAGGAGAUGGUGAGACACGUCAUCUCCUGGGAACAAGUGCUCUAGGGGGGCAUAUGGAACGGGCAUCGUGAGACCCCGGGAAGAUGAGGGCAGGGAAGGUGAAGAAGAAGCCUCGGAGAGGGAGUGAGACGGAGGAGAGUCUGUGCUGCUGUGAAUAUAUCAACCAAAACGGAGAGAGGAGUCAUCUAGCCGCCUGUCUGUGUGACUGUGAGGCUGUGGAUGAAGCUUGUGACAGAUGGAUCAGUCGUAAGUCGUUCCAGCCAGAGGUGUGGGCACGGGCCUUAGAGACGGCCUCAGAUCGGUUGCGUGUUCCUUGGAUCCGGGGUGCUAGGAGGAUUGAUGUGAGCAUUAUCCCUCCUCUCGUUGUCCUGCCCGCUGCGCUGCACAUUGCUGCCCUACACGUGCUACUGGCCGUGGUUACUCUCACCUCCCUCCCUCUCUUUGUCAUCUGGUACUACCACCUGACCCACAGGCGCAAGGGCAAAACCCUCCUCUUCCUCAGCCUGGCGCUCUUCUCCCUCGGGUACAUGUAUUAUAACUUUGUGCAGGAGCUUUUCAUCAAAGGUGACAUAGGGUGGGCUCAUUUCACUUCCAUCACAUGCGGGCUGCUGUUGACCCUGCUCACCCUGAUUAAGGUCAAGCAAGAUCCAGGCCACCUCCUAAAUCAUGCAAAGAACUCUGGGUUGAAGUCUGUGGGUGGCUGUGAGUCGCCCAAUGGAAUCCAGACACUUAGAGACGCUAAUCGUUUCCCCCAACCAGAGAGAGAGUCCCUCGUCGCUGAGACAAACUGGUGUAAAAUUUGCCAACUGGUAAGACCCCCGCGUAGCGGCCACUGCAUGAUCUGUGGCUCUUGUAUCCGGAGACUGGACCAUCACUGUGUCUGGAUUAACAACUGUAUUGGUUCCUCCAAUCACCGCUUCUUCAUCCUCCUGCUCCUGUUCUUCCUCUUUACCUCCAUCUACGGAAUCACCAUGACGCUGAACACCCUCUGCAGGGGAAGGAAUGCACUCGCUGCUCUCUUCUACUGCCCCGGGGUAUAUCAAGAAUACAGCACCGCCUUUAAUUACACGUGUGUGUGGUACUGCGCCAUUGUCACGGCCGGGAUGGGCUACAUUCUCCUCAUACAACUAAUAAACAUCAGCUACAACGUGACGGAAAGAGAAGUGCGAAUCGCUCUGCGGAACAAGACUGCGCGCCGGAGGUUCUGCGGCCUGGUGGUGGACACGGGACUUUACAAUAAAGGUUUCUUUCACAACUGGCAGCAUUUCCUACAAAUGGACAGUUGCGCAACUGCCGAUGAGCUGGCCGCCAUUGUGUGACGCCACUCAGCCCUGUGAUCUUAUUCCUCAGGAACCUGCCGGGCGUUUGUGCCCCACACAGCACUUGUUUUACUGCAUACAAGGACUUUUGUUUUUUUAAUGACAAUUUCACCAAUUGUUUUUUUUAUAAAUUAAGGUUUAAUUGUGCAUAACUACUCAUGCUGCAAAAAUUACAAAGUAUCCAACUAAUUCAUAUAUGUAAAAAAAUAUAUAUAUAUUGCACAAAAAACUAUUUAUAGCCUCAGUUACAUAAUUGCACUUAUAUGAACAAAUGCUAUAUAUUAACUUUAUAAAUAAAAAAAAAAAAGUUGGUUUGAGCCUUUGUAGAGUUAACUGCACUGUAUCAUUCUAUUUUGUUGUGGGUUUCCAUUUUCUUAUGGGCUUAGUUGCAGUUUCAGCUUUACGUCGGCUGCCCCCAAGCGUCUUGUGUUUCCUCCCUAUGCACUCUCAUUGUGUUAUUCGUAGAGGAUAAUUUACCAAAUGAAUCUGAUUGUGUGUAAGUGCCCAUAAUAGGACUUUUGACAGUUCA